GUACUUGAUAUUAAACACCUUUCACGAUUAAAAUCUAGCAGUUUAGCAUUACUGAUAUUUUGUGGUUGGUUAGUAGUACUUUCAUUCAUUUCUUCACUGACUCAAUCAUAUGACCCACUAUAUCUACCUUUUCCGUUUUCCCUUCUCACCCAUCAGUCCCUUCAGAUACUUGCACUCUCUCAGCAUAAUCUCCAAUCCAAAAUCAUGUUCAGUCCCAAUAACUCCACCACCAACCCCCUCAAACAACUCGUCGACACCAUCUUCUCCUACGACGGCACUGUCAUGCUCGCCGCCGUGGUCUCUCUUCUUCUCGUCAUUCUCUUCGUCCUCAUCCUCCACAUCUACGCCAAGUGGUUCUUAGCUCAAGCCCACCGCCGCCGCCGGGGCAGCUCCGUCACCGUUUCUCAUGUCCUCGGCCCGAACCGCUUCCAGAACUUCCACGCCUUCUCCUUGGACGCGAACUCGGUCACCAUUAGCAAUCUUUCGAGCUCUGCUUCAUCCAAAGGCCUAGACUCGAAAACCAUCUCCGCCAUUCCUCUAUUCGUGUACAAAACAGAGGAGCUGGAGGAGAUGGUGGAGAAGGAAAAUUACAAAAAUGGGGUUUUGGAGAUGGAGUGUGUAAUUUGUCUGAGCCUGUUUGAGGACAACGACAUGGGGAGGAGUUUGCCGAAAUGUGGUCACUGUUUCCAUGUCGAGUGUAUCGAUAUGUGGCUGGGAUCUCACGCGAACUGCCCAAUUUGCAGAGCUCCGAUAGUGGUUGAUACGAUGGCGGAACGGGUUGCCGGUGAAGAGGAAUCGGUUGUGAUUGAUGUUUUGGAUUCUGGGUAUGUUUCAAAUUGUGAUAUUGUUCAUGUUGGAGCGAUGGGUCCUGAAACCGAAUCGACACCUUCAUCGUCUUCGUCUUCCUCGUCAUCAUCGCCAUUAAUGGUGGGGUAUUCAUUGAAGAGAAUGCUGAGCAGAAAUAGGCCGGAAAGUGGCAAGGUUUUCCCAACUACAAAUGGGAGUGAUCAAACAGAUGCCUGAGAAACUGUCUAGUGUUUUAACUUUAUCACGUGACAGCGCGUGAUUGGCUUCAGAUAAUAUUACAAUGUCAUUCCCGUCGCGUGAAAGUUCUCAUCGAGAAUCAGAGAUUAGAGAGAACUGGGGUUCUGGGGUUUGGUUGUAAACCAAAUUUGUAUAGAUUUCUUGCAAGUAAUACAUCGAAUCUUUUGUGUUGUA